AUGGUGUACGGGGAGAUCCUCCACAGCCGGGCGGCGGAGGGCGGGGGCUUCCUCAACCUGAACGUGGGGGGGUUCAAGCAGAAGGUGGAGCACAGCACCUUGCUCCGCUUCCCGCAGACGCGCCUGGGCCGCCUGCUGGGCUGCCGGUCGGAGGAGGCCAUCCUGGAGCUGUGCGACGACUACAGCGUGGCGGAGCAGGAGUACUACUUCGACCGCAACCCGCGCUUCUUCCGCUACGUCCUCAACUUCUACCACACGGGCCGCAUCCACCUGAUGGAGGAGCUGUGCAUCAUCUCCUUCAGCCAGGAGAUCGAGUACUGGGGCAUCCGGGAGAUGUACCUGGACUCGUGCUGCAGCAACAAGUUCCAGGAGCAGCGGGAGUUCGCCGAGGACCGCGACUGGGACCGGCGGAGCGACGAGCAGCAGCCGCCCAGCUUCGACUCCUCCAUCGAGGAGCUCUCGGCCCUGGACAAGGACAUGGAGAAGUUCGAGGGCACGUGGUGCGCGGAGGCGCGGAAGAGCGUCUGGCUGCGGAUGGAGAACCCCGGGUACUCGCUGUCGGCCAAGCUGCUGGCGGUGGCGUCGCUGGCGGUGGUGCUGACCUCCAUCGUGGCCAUGUGCGUGCACAGCAUGCCCGAGUUCCAGCGCGUGGACGCCAACGAGAAGGAGGUGGAGGACCCCGUGCUGGCCGUCUUCGAGACCAUCUGCGUGGCGUGCUUCUCCGCCGAGUUCGCCAUCCGCCUCACCGUCACGCCCUGCGUGCGCAAGUUCCUGUCCAACCCGCUCAACGUCAUCGACUUCGUGUCCAUCGUGCCCUUCUACGCCACGCUGGCCUUCGAGACCAUGGACGAGGAGAACGAGGACCUGGAGAACGUGGGGAAGGUGGUGCAGAUCCUGCGGCUCAUGCGCAUCUUCCGCAUCCUGAAGCUGGCCCGGCACUCGGUGGGCCUGCGCUCCCUGGGCGCCACGCUCCGGCACAGCUACCACGAGGUGGGCCUGCUCGUCCUCUUCCUCUCCGUGGGCAUCUCCAUCUUCUCCGUGCUCAUCUACUUCGUGGAGAAGGAGGAGGAGGAGUCCGAGCUGCAGACCAUCCCCGUGGGCUGGUGGUGGGCGACCAUCAGCAUGACCACGGUGGGGUACGGGGACACGUACCCCGUCACGCUGGCGGGCAAGCUCAUCGGGACCCUGUGCAUCAUCUGCGGCCUCCUGGUGGUGGCCCUGCCCAUCACCAUCAUCUUCAACAAGUUCUCCAAGUACUACCAGCGGCACAAGGCCAUGGACGCGGACCAGUGCAACAACGACAUGGACGGGCAGGACCCCGAGCUGCCGUACUUCAACGUGCGCGACCUGUACGCGCACCAGAUGCACUCCUUCAUCGCCAGCCUGUCGACGGGGAGCAGCCGCGACAGCGCCGGCGGGGACGACGACACGGACGCCUCCAGCAUCCGGGACGCGGAGGCCGCGGACGACGGACGCGCGCCCGGGCCGCUGGGCGGGAGGCAGGGCGGGGGCCGGCGGUCGCCGGAACCGCGGUCCUCCAGGGCUGGGAACUGCGGCUUUUCUGGGCCGAGGCGGGAGUCGGAUCCGCGGCGGCGCUUCGUAACGCUUAACUCCGCUCUCCGGCAGAUCGUUAGUGUGACAUUAGUUCUGGGCGAGGGGCCGCGGCGGGACGGUUGUUUGCCGUCCGGUUCGGCCGAGUGA